AUCAUCCUGCCAAGUGCUUCCAAAUGAAUGAACUUCGCCGCGAAGUCCUGCAUGUGUACAAGGCGUGCCUGGUAUCUGCGUCCAAGUGUCCGCAACACGUCCACCGCGAGACGAUGCGUGCCUACGCACGCUUGAAGUUCCGUGAUAAGAUGCACCUCCGAGAUGUGCAAGCGGUCAAAUUGUGUCUCGCAGACGCCAAGGAAGAGCUCGAGCGAAUGGAUUACUACCACUCGAUGUACCGCGCAGGACAGGCUGACAAGGUCACUGCCUCCAGUGUUGGCGUACCCGUGUUGGCUUCCCAUUGUCCCAAUUGCAACCACUCGUUCGAGUCAGCCGUAAUGCGGUUCUGUGCACUCUGUGGCGUGCAGCGGCCCAACAUCGUGUCGUAAUCUCCGUCUUAUAACAAGAGGAUUACUAGUAUACAGAUAGUUGCAAGUUCUAUUGAGAUUUGCUACGCGAUUACACGCCUAUUCGGUGGCGCACAGCAACGCGACUCCCCGUAGUGUCCAAUGGACUGGCCGAUGUUCCCUUGAUGGCAUGGUCACAGUGAAGAGAAGGUACCGAUCAGUGCGGACGGGGUACUUGUACACAGGGCAGUCAAAGCCUCCAUACGGGCCGUAGUCGCCACUUCGGUUCUUCUUGAGGAGUUUGGUCGUGGCCGUCACGUACAGCACCGGGAGCGGCGCAAACAGUUUCUUGGGCUCGGACUCGACCAGCGUCGCGUUGGCUUUAUGCCACGCAGCUCCUUCAAUGAACAAGCCGUGAACCAGCACGCCUUCUUUCGGUGGUUGGCGAAUCUGCUCGAGCUUCUCGUACUCUGUGACUUCGGUGUGGUACACGACGUCGUCGAGUGCCCACUUAUCGGCCACGUGAUGCCUCGCCACCUCUUGCCGCAUCGCCGUGAGAAACCCUUGUGGAUUGAAAAAACCUGGUAGCCAGAAACAAAACGGUUUGGCCCGCUCGAGCCACCCCUCCAGCUGCUUGUGGCGCUCCAGCAACCCGGUGAACCACAGCCCCAGCGUGGGGGAGAACCACGAGAGCUCGUCCGCGCCUCGGUACAGCCACAAGCGCGGCACUUUAGCAUCAAAGAUCGCGUGAAUCGUUGUGGCAAUAUCCGGCGUGACCACCAACUCACCCUUGAUAGCAGCUUGGGCUUCCAGCAACACGCGGCGGACUAUCGACAUGACGGCUUGGAGUUGUUGCAGCUCCUGCCACAAGAACACAUUCAACGGAACGUGCAAUCCACCCAGCUUUGUUUGGAUAAGCUCCAAGCUGGACUCAUCCACAAACUCCUUGGGCAACUUGGUCAGCAACUCAUCGCAUUUGUCCAGCACCACGGCUUCGCGGGUCGCGCCCCCCCUAGCCGACGAUUGCGACUUGGGCUGCGUUUCGCUCAAGGUCGUGAGCAGUGCGCCAACUUCUUUGACCCGGAACGUCAAGUCUGCGUUUGGGUGCAGGCCAAAGAUCUCGGGCGAG